AACAGAAUGAACGUCAGGACACUGAUGAUGCCAUUUACAGUUCAAAACAACGGUAGGAAAUAAAGGCUAAGUAAAGAACACAAGAGCAAGGAUUACAGAGAAACUAAGUCGAGCAGCUUUAACGAGAUAUUUGGUCUUUAAAUCAGCUCAAUUAUUAGGUCAACGGUCGCUAGAGGGGGCGCGCGGAAGGAUAUUUGAGUCGAGAAUGGGCUGAUUCAUCCAGGAAGGAUCCAAACAUUCAAAGCACCCCCGAAUAACAGCGCGGCUUAUCACCAGUGUAAAUUAAAUGGAUUCUGACAGUGAAGAGAGAAACAGUCAUGGUUUGGAUCAUCCUGUCAGUUGGCACAAACCACAGGACAAAGGCAGUUUUGGAACAACAACCAAACAGAGUAAAAGUGACAGCAAUGAAGAGUUCUACAAAAAGAGGUAUCCAAUUAGUCGCUCCGGCAACAACCCAGGCAGAGUAAAGAGAGUAGUGUCAUGUAAGCGGAAAACUCAUCAUCUAACGGUGGUCAGAAGGAAGCAGCACGCAUCUGAGAGGACCUUUGAAGCAGCAAACAAGGAGAACAACAUGGCAGUUUUGCAGGACGCGCAGCAAGAAAUGUUUCACUGGGACUCAUUAGAGCACUCGCAAAACAUCAAUAAUAACCACAAGACUAGUCUAACUGGUUCUGAGCACACAGGCUACAGUUUAUUCACUGAGCUGUCGAAGGAUCAUAAAACUAUGGUGGAUGUUCUGUUUGGAAGACAUUUAAGGUUAAAGGUGGCUUUCACACUCUGGCAGAGAAAUGCUGAAGAGCUGUUGACAUUCUUUCUGAAAAUUCAAGACAUUGGUGUGGUUGUUGACUUUCUCCCCAUAAUUUGUAAAUGCAUUGAUGAAGACUCUUCAAAGAUGACCAUUGGAUCCUGUGUGGACCUGUUUCCUCUGAUUAGGAAAGUCCUCAACACUAAAUAUGAAGAGUAUCUUAUUGUUGGCUUAAAGUGGGUCCAUUCAGUUGUAAGAAAAUGGAAGAAGGAGCUACAGACAAGCGGCUACAGUGGAACAACUCCUCCUCUGAUGGAUGUAAAUUUUCAGGUUUUUAAUCAGCAGUUGUGGGAGUUAUGGCAGGAGAAACCUUUGCUGAAAUCUGGUCCGGAAGUUGCGACAAAAAUGAUAAAAUUUAUUGAGUCUUUCCUGUUUCAACUCAACCAGCACAGAUAAGCUUCCAAAUGACAACUGCUGCAAUUAGACACAUUUCAUUCAUUGUACUGUAUUCAAGUUCCUUCAAACACUGAAGACAUGCUUUUAUAGUUGCUUCAGUGACAGAUUUAUCUAACUAUGAAAGUUUUGUAUUGUAAAAAAUGUUUGUAUUAUGUGAACAAUUAAAGGUUAUCAAUAUUUUACUUUAAAAAAUGUAAUGUUAACAUAUUUUCUUGAUAAAUUUUAUUAUAAUAAAAAA